CCUGAGAAAAUGCUAAGAAAUCGAGAAGAAAACUAGUGUUAGAUCUGCAAUCACCGAAAUAUGUCAUUUUUCUGGAUGUCGGUUGGAUUUUAUCACUAACAGCCCAGUCAUCUUGACGGUCCACCCACCCGCAGACCUGCGCUCUGUGCUGCUAUGAGUUCAAUGGUCAACGCAGCUCAGUACAUCCCACAUACUCCCGCGACAUCAACAACAAUGGCAAACCGUAGUGUGUUUUGGUAGGAGCGUCUUUGUUGGGGCUAGGCGGCCCGAAAACUCUUUCAUUUUUGUCACGAACCGUUUAUUCUUGUGUUAUUACGGGAGGACUAUUUGUCGGCACCGUUUUCCGUCUUCACAUUGUUUCUGAAAAUGUGCGCGGCGCUGUUGGCGAGCUUACACUGUCCGUGCAUGUGCGUCCCUGCUGCUGCCUUCCCAUUGCUGGGCUAGAGCUACUACCCAGCCUAGCCGCUCUCGCUCGGUGUUAGCUUGCAUUAGCCUGCUGGCUCAGAUAAAGAUAUCACAGGCGAAUGUAAAGCGACUUUAUGUGAUUUGGUUUAUAACCGUUUUUUCUGCGUUUUGCCGCUUACUACUGCCGGAAGACUUGAUUGGUGUUGUAUGAUUGGCAGUAGAAAAUACUUUGCUGGCUAGCUCGUAAGCUAGCUAUUUGCGUUUUUUCUUCGACUGAAGAAAACGGCGAGUUUUCUUUGAAAGUAUGGAUGACCAGACCAGAAUGCUGACGGGAUUGACCGGACUCAGUGGACUAGCACAAGCCGAUGUCGGCGACCCAGACGCGGUCAGAAAACAGUCUCUUGGCCAGCCUCAGCAAGACAUUGGGGAUAUCCUACAGCAAAUAAUGGCUAUCACGGACGAAAGCCUGGACGAAGCGCAGGCCAGGAAGCAUGCCUUGAACUGUCACAGGAUGAAGCCAGCCCUCUUCAGCGUACUCUGCGAGAUCAAAGAGAAGACUGAAGAGACUGUGGAGAGAUAGUGUGUGUUGGGGGUGCAGGAGUGAUACAGGGAGAUUGAUGAGGCAGUAAGAGCAGGAGUAAUUACUCGGUGUCCAUUCCCCGAGCCAGAUUGGCAGACGGCUAAUAUCACACAGACCCCUGGCCCUGACUGACAA